GAGUUUGGAGGCGACCAAGGCUGCAGGUUUCGGGACUCUUCCUCAGCCCCUGCCGAGCAACGCUGCCAUGGACUCGCCGCCGGCCUUACUGCCGCUUGGCUGGAGCGUGGCGCUGCUUUGUCUCUUCCUCUCCUUUCCCUCCGCGCAAAGUGGAUUUCUUCCCAAGAAUGAUAGUUUGGGACCAAGAACAUUUGUCUAUUCUUCCAGAGAUGAAACAGUUGAAAAAAUCUCGUGGGAGAACACAGACUCAGAUACUGAAAAUGAAUCGGAUGUUGGAUCGGGAUUCCUAAAUCAAAGUGGGAUCAUUGGAGCAAGGUGGAAACAGUUGCCUAUACCCAUUUCCAGAGAUGCUGAGCAAUACCUCACUAGUCCAUGGCUAACCCUUUUUGUUCCUUCAGUUUAUACGCUCGUGGUUGCACUGAGUCUUCCUCUGAACAUCAUGGCGAUUAUUAUGUUCCUGAUAAAAAUGAAGAUAAGAAAGCCAGCUGCUAUGUACAUGCUCAAUCUGGCUUCUGCUGAUGUACUCUUUGUAAGUGUGCUGCCCUUUAAAAUUUCCUACCAUUUUUCUGGAAACAACUGGGCAUUUGGACCAGAAAUGUGUCGUUUUGUUACCGCAGCCUUCUACUGCAACAUGUACUGUUCCAUACUGCUGAUGACGGUGAUAAGCAUUGACCGUUUCCUGGCAGUGGUGUACCCAAUGCAGGCUCUUUCAUGGCGCACUCUAGGGCGUGCCUCUAUGGUGUGUUUUAUCAUCUGGCUCAUCGCCAUAGCUGGAGUUAUACCUUUGCUUAUCAUGGAACAAACAAAGAGAAUACAUCACUUGAACAUUACUACCUGUCAUGAUGUGUUGGAUGAACUUGAUCUUAAAGGGUAUUACUUUAUUUUUUUCAUCAUUUUUUCUUCCCUUUUCUUUUUCGUACCAUUCAUUAUUUCUUCUGUCUGCUAUAUGUGCAUCAUUCGACGUCUGAGCUCUUCUGAUAUUGUCGCAAAGCAGAGUAAAAAGACCCGGGCUUUACUUUUGUCUGUAGCUGUGUUCUCUGUUUUUGUUAUAUGUUUUGGUCCCACAAAUGUUCUGUUACUAAUUCACUACAUAUAUUUUUCUUACAACAACUACUUGGAAAAUGUCUAUUUUGCCUACCUCCUCUGUGUCUGUAUUAGCAGCAUAAGUUGCUGUAUUGAUCCUUUGAUCUAUUACUAUGCUUCAUCUGAAUGUAAGCGACAGCUUAGCAGUUUGUUGUGUGGUAAACAGAGUUCCGAACUCUGCAGUACUAGCAUCAGUGGCCAGUCAAUGAUCAGGACUAAUCGAAGAGAUACAUGUACCAGUACGCUCGGUAAUAGUGUCUACAGGAAGUUAUUGACGUGAUCUUUUACGGAAAAAUGUAUGUUUUAUACAUUUAUGAUUUAUACAAAUUUUUAAAUGUACUGAAGAAUAUCCAGUUAUGUACACAUUUUCAUUUGAUUAGAUAAUGUAUGCCAUUAUGACUGGUGUAGUGUUUGAAUUGCCAGGACCCUGUGUGGGGAUGGUAGGGUGGUACAACACACCUGUGUGCUUUCUGUUCCCUGAAUUACAUUAAAAAUCUCUGUGGAAUCCAGAUGCUGGGGGGAAAAACAAACAGGUAUAGUGUUCAUUGCGACACUUGAAACCCAGUGCAAAAUUUUACUUUUCUGUAAGCAUAAAUAGUAAGCAUUUAUUUGGGUGAAUGUAAAUUGGUCCAUUUGCAGAUAGCAAGUGCUAAAUCUGUUUGCUUGUGAUCAGUCAUUAGCAACAAUCUGAAUAUCUCUUUAUUAUAACACUUCCCCUUUUAUUUAUGUGAUAAUUUUCUGGGGUCUGGGUUUUUUUUUUGUUCAAGUGAUGAUGUGAUAGAAUAUUAGUAACAGCCUUUGAUUACAGUACCUUAUCAUUCAAACCUUCCCAUGAGUGUGUGUUCAGAUUUGUAUAUGCAUAUUAGGAAAGGCAAGUAAUGAAGGUUAAAAUGCUGACGAGUUUCAGCAAGUGUCAGUGAGAAAGGCAGGCUACGAAUGAAGUAUGUUCUUGAGAACAACCCAGGCUUACAGAAGUUUAUUUUAUGAUUCUUUCCCCAUUUUUAAUCUCUGGUCUCACUUUAUACAGAUUGUAAUUUGGGAUAGAAAUCUGUAACGUUAGUCUACACCUGUUUUUGCAGAGUUUUUGCAGAGUUACGAAUUUUCUGCUUAAGUCCAUGAGAGCCAGCAUAGCAUUUAGAGUUUCAGAGAAGGAUGUGGCAGAGCCCAGUUCAAAUCUCCACUCUUCUAUGGAAGCUCACUGGGUGACCUUGAACCAAUCUUCUCUGUCAGCCUCACCUGUCUCAAUGAGUAGUUGUUGUGACAUGUUGUUUUGUAGUGUUUAUUAUGUUACAGCAAUCCGAUGAGGGCUGUAUCCAUUUACAAAUGGAGAAAUGCAGCUAAAAGAUUAUUUGUUCUCAGGUGCUCAGUCAGCUCAUGGAUGAAAUAGAUAUUGAAGCCAGGCAUACAACAUGCCAGUCAGGCACACUGUCAAUUACCAUAUUGGAUAUACCUGAAAUUAAAUGAAAAGGUAGUAUAUUUCAUGCUGGUUUUCUAUACAACUCAGAUUUUUCAGACAAGUACUGUAUAUUAUAUGCUGCUACAUUCUUUUUCAUGAUCCUUAUUUUAAAAUCUGCAAGAUAUUUUAAAGACAAGUAUAUGACUCAGUGUACAUGGUUUGGUGUUGUCAUAUAAAGGUCGUUACACAUCUUUUUAAUAGCUAAUAGCAGUGAACUUCUUACUGAUGAUUUAAACCAUAUUUUUAUAAGAAAUGCAGUUGUAACAAUUCUAAAUGCUAGUUCUGGUUUAUAUAUAUUAUGUGCACACUGACUCUCCUGAAGAUACAUUUAUAUAAUCCUGAAGUGUGAAACACUUAUUUGAUCCCAAAUUCAUCCGCAUAGUUUGGCAUACCCAAAUAUCUAGAGAAUUAGAGAUGGGUAAGUAUUCUUGUUCCAUACCAAUGGCUGCAUAGAAUGCAAUAAAGUAUGCAAAUCAGGACAGUCACUUGAAAGUGAUUCCACUGUUGGCAUUGUCUUAAUUUCAGGUGGGAAUACUGUGUGCUGUCAGUUCUUUCCUACUUUUUAAGAAAGUGUAUCUUUAGAACGUCUUGUUUUAUUGUAUGUAGAACCAUUUGCUUUUGAAGGCAAUUUUUCAUGUAUAAUUAAGUUACUCUGUUUCAUUUAGUUUUGUCCUGAAAUGUGUUAUCAUUUACUCAUAUAUAUCAAUGGCAGGAAAAAGAAUUUAACCCACAUAAAUGAUUAUCCUUUCAAAUUAAAACUGAACUAAAAUUUGAAAAUGAUAUCAAUUAAGACUUGAUAUCACCAAAAUGAUUGCAUGUUAAUUCUUUUUAUUAUGAUGUAUGAGUUAUACUUAGUACCAGGAUGAGUCCAUAUUACAAUAUAUAAGUCAUGGUCUUGUGAGGAAUAAAUCACAGAGGUAAUUAACAGGAAAGUCCUCCCCUCUCCACUCCAAGUCCAGGAUACUAAAAGCUCUUCAACAAUUUUCCCAUCUCUUUGUUUUAUUGCUUCUCAACUGUGCUCAGUACUGUUUAUUGACUGUCAACUGUGCUCAGUAACCUGAAGGCAGUUAUGCUCCAUUCUUGUCUGGUUGGCUUUGUAGGGCAACUUUAAUUUUACAAAUAAGCUUUGAAGUCCCCCUCCCAUAUGCAGAAGAUGUCUGUGGUUGGCCUCUAUUGAUGGCUGUUUGACUAUGAAGUUUGUAAUUAGAUGGAACAAGCAGAGAAUCUGCAAAGACUUGCAGGAGACAUUUCAUUUUCCUCUAUCUCACUACUUCCUCUUUCCCUUCCCUGAAAGCCCUUAUAGCCUCUCCCCUUUCCUGCUUCCUUCUUUCCUACUCACCAGCCAGUCCAGCUUUAUUGAUUCCCCCUCCUCCUCAUCUUUUCCUCCUUCCUUCGGAUGGCAUCCUAUACCUGGGGAAAGUAUACAGUUUUAGCUACUGCUCUGUGCCAGGCCCAGUUGCAUGGAGGGGAACCCACAAGAUUUUGUGGGAGGGGGGAUGACUGCACUUUCCCCUCUAUCCCCCACCCCACACUAUUUUACCUUUUCCUCCUCUUGGCAAUCCACAUAUCCUCACCUUUCCAUGUUUUCUUUUUUUUUCUUCCCAUCCACUCACCAACCAAAGUUUUAUCUUCUCCCUACCUUCAGCUAUAUUUAUUAUUCGUUUACUUCAUUUAUACCCCACCUUUCUCCACAGUGGGGGCCCAAAGCAGAUUGCUGCAUUCUUCUCCAUUUUAUCCCCACAAUGCCCCUGUGAGAAGUAGGUUAGACUGAGAAUGUAUAAGUGGCACAAGGUCACCCAGUGAAAUUCCUUGACUGAAUAGGGAUUCAAACCUAGAUUUCCCAAAUCCUAGCCUGAAACUAACCACUACACUGCUGAGGUGGCUGCUGUUUAACAGUAGCAAGCAGCAGGGCCUGGAAGAGUCAUGGAAAUCACAUGGUAGCAAGUCACCUGAUGGUUGCAGUCUAGCCCCAUUGAGUUCUCCCUGAAAGUCCAAGACAGCCUUAGAAAGGAGACUGUUCCUCCCCCUUUCUUUUACUGACUAAAACCAAGGCUGGAAGGCUGGCAAUUCUGUCAUGGUUGCCUAGCAGCAAUCACUGAGGGCAUUAGUUUCUUAAAGUUACAGGAACUGCUGCUAUUAUUUUGGGAGCUUUAAACUCCACACCUUUUUAAAGAUUUCAGAUUUUUCUGCUAACCUGAAAUAUUUCUCAGGUUUGGUGUUUGUUUGUUUUUAAAGAUCUAUCUUGUCUAUCCAUGGCUUCAGUUUCAGAAUUUAAGUAUCCACAGAUGAGGCCAUAUUGAAAGUUAGAGAUGAUGAUGAGGCUCAGCAAAUGGAGGAAGAAAAGAGGGACUAUGGCUUUGUGACAGAGUACAUGUUUUGCAUGUAGGAGGCCCCAUCUUUAUUGCUUGCCAUUUCUGAUUAGAGAAUCUCAAGACAAGUAGGCAGUACUGUCUGGAUGAAUCAAAGAUCUGAUUCAGUAUAAGGCAUCUUAACACAUUAAAAAACCUUCAAAUCUCGAACAGCUACCUGAAAACUGAAAAGAAAUAACUGCUUGUUCUGUUGUAAGUGCUCACAGUACUUGAUCAGUUUUUUAAAAAAAUCAUGUAUUAUAUUACCGCCUCUUUGACAGUAAUUCUCUGACAAUAAUUGUGUGAUAGUAUUUUUCCUGCACUGGUUGCCUAUUAAAAUUCCAGCAGUAUUUUAGUCUGUUUUAGUUUAGGAAGAAAUACACGUCAUUAUAGGAAGAAUCCUAAAUGAAGAUGAGCCUUGACUUCCUAUGUUUUCCUUUCUGGUUUUGUGUGAACAUCAAAAUAUACUUUGCAUAAAGUGAUUCAACCAUCACAAGUAAAAAUGUAUAUAUUUUGCAGUUUAAAGUUAUCCUUAAUUAACCAAAUAAAAACAUAGUUUUUGCUUUAAGUUAUAAUGUGAUGAGCACAACGAUUUUUAUAUUUUUCCUAUUUUGUACAUUGUGUUAAACUGCAGUAAUAAUAAAUGUAUAUACUCUUA